AUGAAGAUGAGAUUGGUCAUCAAGAUUCUCACAAAGAGAAAUCUCCAAAUACACGCAGUCCAACCAAUGCUCCUAGCUAGUCCUGACGAGGGUGCGCCGGGCAAUGCUGUAGUGCAACGCAAAUUUGAGAGGCCCAUUAGCAAGCAACCAAGCUACCAUGAUGGACCUUCCCAAGGUCAUGUUUUUAAGCUCAUCUUUGGCAAUGGGCUUGUCCUCCGGUGGAAUGUACAUUAUGUUACAAUGUUGAUAAUAGGUUAG